AUGGCUGGAAAAGUUGAAGACUGGUGGGUUGGUACUCGUCAAAGGUUGGAAACUAUUGGUGAAGUGAUUACUUGGGUUGUGUUCACAAGGGAGUUCCUAAGGAAGUAUUUUCCCGAGGAUGUUCGGGGAAAGAAAGAGAUGGAGUUCCUUACGCUGAAACAGAGGAGUUCAUCUGUUACUGAGUAUGUUGCCAAGUUCGUAGAUCUUAUGAAUUUCUACCCACAUUAUUGUGAAUAUACUACUGAGUUUUCGAAGUGUAUCAAGUUUGAGAAUGGGCUGCGUCUGGAAAUUAAGCGGGCGAUUGGAUAUCAACAAAUCUGUAGGUUUGCAGAGUUGGUAAACAAUUUUUGGGUCUAUGAAGAAGAUAACAUUACUCAUCCAGCUCAUUACAAGAGUCUGAACGAGAAGAGCGGAAAAUCGUAUCACGAUCGUAAGAAGCCGUAUGAUGCUCCAGCCGAUGAAGGGAAAUAG